UUUUGUUCUUUUCAUUCAAAUCAUAGCUUGAUUUCAAAUUGAAUUGAUUACAAAAAAGUUUUUCAUAGAAAGCUUUUCUUCAUACAUUUUUAAACUAGGAUUUAGAUUCUAGAUCUGGAUUCUAUACUCUAUUCUAUAGGUACAUCGACAAUAUGUCAAUUACAACAGGAGUCUCAGGAAUUCCAAAAAAAUCAUGGCAACCUUCAAAUGUUACUUUUGAAACAACAAUGGGAAAUAUUGUAAUAGAAUUGUAUUGGAAACAUGCGCCCAACACCUGCAGGAACUUUGCAGAGUUAACUAGACGUGGCUACUACAAUGGAAUCAAGUUUCACAGGAUUAUCAAAGACUUUAUGAUUCAGGGUGGUGAUCCAACAGGGACAGGUAGAGGAGGAGCAUCAAUUUAUGGCAAAAAUUUUGAUGAUGAAAUAACUGAAGAUUUGAAGCAUACAGGUGCUGGAGUGUUGUCAAUGGCAAACAGUGGACCAAACACAAAUGGUAGUCAAUUUUUUAUCACAUUGGCACCCACACAAUGGUUGGAUGGAAAGCAUUCUAUAUUUGGAAGAGUAUCUUCAGGAAUGAGUGUCGUCCAGAGAAUAGGCAUGGUUGAAACUGAUGAUGGUGACAGACCAGUUGAUCCAAUAAAAAUAUUAAAAGCAUAUAUUUCAGUUACAUCAUAGUUUUAUAUUUGUACAUUUUGUUAUAAUAAAUUGCAUCUAAAAUUACAAUGUGUUAACUUU